CAGAUCUACUUGGAAAUAAGGUUAUAGCUGGAUGUGGUGGUGCACAGUGUAAUCUCAGCAUAUUAGAGGCUGAGACCUGAGGAACACAAUUCAAGGCCACCCUGCAAGAUCAAAACAAGAAAAAAACCUCAAAAUCAGAGUUUUAGGAGUGAAUUUGCUGGAUCACAUAUUUAAAUGAGAACCUGCCUGACCAUUCUCCAAAGCAGCGAUUUUUGAUGAAACUGAGCCAUGAAACUGUCACCAUUGAAUUGAAGAAUGGAACACAGGUCCAUGGAACAAUCACAGGCGUAGAUGUCAGCAUGAACACACAUCUGAAGGCGGUGAAGAUGACCCUGAAGAACAGAGAGCCAGUGCAGCUGGAAACCUUGAGCAUUCGCGGAAACAACAUUCGCUAUUUUAUCCUGCCAGACAGCUUGCCUCUGGACACGCUACUUGUGGAUGUUGAACCUAAGGUGAAAUCUAAGAAGAGGGAAGCUGUUGCAGGAAGAGGCCGAGGCCGAGGCCGAGGCCGAGGGCGUGGCCGUGGCAGAGGAAGAGGAGGCCCUAGGCGGUAAUGCCUCUCCCAGGGACAGUGCAGGAGUGAUUCGGGACAUUUUCUGUAUAGGUUUUGUUUGUCAGUUUUUAAUAAACAUAAAUGUGGGACAGAGUUGUCUGUUGACUAUUACCAAGUUUAAGUUUUAGUAGUUUGCUACGUAUUGUGAAACUUACACCUUAAAAACAAAACAGUUUUCUUUUUCUCUUUUGUUUGGAUUUUUUUCAGACAGGGUCUCGCCAUGCAGUUCAGCCUGGGCUUGCACUCACUGUGUAGCCCAGGCUGGCCUCAGACCUGUGGCGAUCUUCCUGCCUCAGCCCCUCAAGGCCUGAGAUCACAGGAACGUGCCACCAUGCCCAGCUUAUUUUGGGGAAUGGAACCCAUGGUCUUUGUACUGAGUUACAUCCUCAGCCCUUUUUGGUGUUUUUUUCUUUUAAGACCGAGUCUUGCUAAGUUGCUAAAUUACCCAGGCUGGACUCAAACUUAUGAUCCCCAUGCCUCAGCCUCCCAGAGUGCCAGGCUUACAGGUGUGUGGCGCCACAACCAGCUCGGUCUUUCUUUUUUUUUUUUUUUUUUUUUGCCUGAAUGAGAUUUUUCUUUCAUAGUGAUUCUACAUGAAAUGUAUGCCUUUUUAUUUCCCGUCCGCUGCAUAUACAUUUCAUUGGUUGCUGAUUCCACUGUGUGGAACCUGGCCACUGGUGAAAUGAGUUCUGGCAUUUCAGAGAUUAGCAUCCUUAUGGGGUGGGCUCUAAAUUGACUCCUCUUCUGGGUUAACUUGGAAACAUCGGUGUGUGUUACAGGUUGAUAGUUACCGUCUUCUGAGUCAGAAACCAGUAAUUUUGCUGUCACUUAAUGUUUUUGUUUGUUUCACCUUUUUUAAUGGUUUCUCAAUAAAAUGCAGUUUUCUAUUGAGA